CCUGAAAUCUCUCGAUCAUAAGCCAAAAGGAAAACCCAUCAUCCUCGUUGACCUCCUCUCUGCGAUCUCCCUUCAUUGCUGACUCACAAUUUCCCUGCCGACUUACCGCCAUUCGGUCUGUAGCUUUCAGUCAUCUUUCACAGCCUCGUCACUGUUGACUCAUCCUCUAUCAUCGCUGCUUCAGAUCUCCUUGUGUUUCUGUAGGCAGCUAACUAUGAAGCCACGUUCUUACAAAGGCAUUAUAUACUGGAUCCUAACAUUGAAGCAGAAGUGAGGAAAGCUUAUGAAGCCAACUUACAUUAUCCAUAACCUGUGAAGAAGUUUGAAAGCUUACUUGGAUACACACUUAAGUUCAAAUUAAUAAAUACUCAAAAUCGUGAGAAGGGUGAAGAGUCAUCAACACAUAACUCAUAAUGGUUGUUCUGUCUGAACUUCCAGAAGUAUCUUCAUCUUCUUCAUCAACUCAUGGCCAUAAUUUAAUAACUCAUGGUCAUAAUUCAUCAACUCAUGGCCAUAGUUUAAUAACUCAUGGUCAUAAUUCAUCAACUCAGGAUCAUAGAUAUGAUGUAUUUUUAAGUUUUAGAGGUGUUGACGUUCGUCAUAGUUUCACUGAUCACCUUCAUAAGGCCCUCAUUGAUGCCAAUAUCAAUACCUUCUUGGAUGAUGAAGAGAUUGAAACAGGAGAAGAUCUGAAACCAGAAUUGGAGAGUGCAAUUAAGGCAUCCCGGGCUUCUAUUAUUGUAUUGUCGAAGAAUUAUGCUUCUUCAACAUGGUGUCUGGAUGAAUUGGGGCUGAUCCUUGAGCAGCGUAUCACAUCCAACCACAUUGUCAUCCCCAUAUUUUAUCAUGUGGAGCCCACCCAUGUCAGAAAGCAACAAAGUAGCUUUGGAGAUGCAAUGGCUAAGCAUAAACAGAAAAUGGAUGAAGAGACCGAUGAAAAUAAAAGAAGUCAAUGGGGUCAAAAGAUAGAGAGAUGGAAUAAAGCACUUAUCGAAGUUGCUAAUUUGAAAGGAAAUGACGUAAAUGGCAGGUUUGAGACAGAGUUUAUUGAAGAAAUCAUGAAGGACAUCUACCGUAGAUUACAUAUACCAUUACGGAGUGUUCGGCCACUACUUCUCGGGAUGGACUAUUCCAUUAACUUCAUCGCUUCAUGGUUGAAAGAUGGAUCCUCACAUACGACUGACAUACUCACUAUUUCGGGUAUAGGCGGAAUCGGGAAGACAUCUUUAGCCGAACAUGUCUAUGGGCUAUAUUGGCGUGAAUUCCACAAAAGCAGCUAUAUUGAAGAUAUCACUAGGAGAUGUGAUGGAAAGUAUAUUGGGCUGCUUGAUAUACAAAAACAACUGUGUGGUGAUAUUUCAAAAACAAGUUCAAUUCAAAUUUAUGAUGUUUCAAAAUACACAUCAAUGAUAGAGAAUGCAGUAGCUCGUAAAAGGGUGUUUAUUGUUCUUGAUGAUAUCAAUAGUAUUGAUCAGUUGGAUGCAUUACUUGGAAGCAAAGGUUUUCAUCCUGGAAGCAAGGUUAUAAUAACCACAAAGGACAGAUGCUUGACAGAGAGUUGUGCACUAUUCAAAACAAACAUUAAACCCAAACAUGUAGAACACUUACUUGAAGGCUUAGAUGAGACUGAAUCACAAAAACUUUUGUGUUCCCAUGCAUUCAUGUGCAACCACCCCAAGGAAGGUUAUGAAGAGGUGUCAGAUAAGCUUGUGGAGUAUUGUCAAGGACAUCCAUUGGCUCUUGAAGUUUUGGGCAAACUUCUUCAUAAUCGAGGUGUGGCGUAUUGGGAAGGGUGCAUGAAAGGGCUAAAGAAAGAAACAAAUGAUCGUAUAAAUAAUGUCUUGAGAAUGAGCUUUGACUCUUUGCCAUCCAAAAACGAUAAGGACUUGUUUAAGCAUAUUGCUUGUUUUUUUGUUGGAAUAGAUAGAGAUCUUAGCGAAACAAUAUUAGAGGCAUGUGACAUAAACACGAGAUCCGGAAUCACGAAUCUCAUUGACAGAUGUCUUCUUAGUAUUGGAUCGAAUAAUGAAUUGAAGAUGCAUCAGUUGGUUCAAGAGAUGGGAAGAUUCGAAGUACAUCAAGAAUCACCUGAUAAGCCAUGGAAGCGAAGUCGAUUAUGGUGUCAUAAGGAGUCACUCAGAGUGUUGAAACGAAAAAAGGGUAAGGGAAAUCUUCUAGGCCUUGCCCUUGACAUGCGCAUGCUUGAGAAAGAGAAGUUGGGAGCAUCGUAUGAGCUGAAAACAGAUGCAUUAACAAUCCACAACGACUUGAGAAGAGGCAAAAGUUGGUUGGCUCGUGCUUAA